AUGGCGUCCCCUGGACGGCGGGGGUCGCUGGACCAGCACGCAGCAGUGCUGCAGCAGCUCUCGCGCGGUCGUACGGAGAGACACUGGCGUGUUGGUCCUGGGCUCCUUGUGGCGCGCGGCGGCGUCGCCGCACCGGGCAAGGGCGGCGGCGGAAGGGGCGGCAGCUCCUACUUAGUUCACAUUUAUGAUGAAGGUCUUGUGAUGAAAAUGUUGUCCGACCCUGAGAUUGUGAAAGCUGUCCAUCUGUAUGUGUCUAAGGAGAAGGCUGACGAUCAUAUUGCUCCGCCUAGCAAGCAAAUUGAUGUUGCUCCAUCUAACCAUCCAAAUGAGAGUAUUCUCUUACAGGACGGUGGUGUCUCUACUGAAGGGGCAGGGCAACUUACUAUGCAAGGGCCGCAAAGACCACCACGUAGGUCAAAAAGGUUGAAUAUGAUUCAGGUUACAGACCAACGUGAUGAUGAAGAUGGAGACUGCAACAAUGGUGAGCAAUUCCCACAAGGUCAUGAAUCACAAGCAUUGAUCGAUGAAGAGGGUCAAGUUCACAAUCAAGACAAGGAAGUACGCAAGCGCAAGAGAACAAGCUUGCCAAUUGUCUGGAACAUGCCAAAGGGACAGAGAAUAGUUGUGAAAUGCAAUGAAGAUAGCCAGCCUAUAGGAGAUGAAGGUGCAAUCUUGGGGAAGUUUCUGGGCACGGUUGCUAGAAAUGGAGGAUUUUGCCCACUAAACAUAAAUGAUUGGCGUCAUGUCAAAAAGAAUAGUGGUGAGGAAACAAUAUUGCAGUGCGUACAGAGGCAAGCUGAUCCUGAAAAGAAACGACCACACAGAUCAAAGGUUUAUUUAGCAACUCACAAGAAGAAGGACGAUGCUGAUGCUAAAAAUAAAGAUAGAAAUAAGCGCCUGGAUCGAUUGGAGAAUCUAAUAACCGAACGACCAGAGUUGGCACAAAAUUUGAAUGGAAGAGUCGCAUGGGAAGGUGAUGCCUUGCAGGAAGUGUUAGGGAAAGAAAAGAUUGGACAAGUGCAUGGCAUGGGUUUGCUUCCAACUCCUAAGAAAGUCUACGGUCGGACGCCACGGUAUCUAAAGAACAUCAAUAUGACUACAACUGAUGGAUCACUAUAUGAAGUUGAACAUGAUGUUUGGGAGGUAAUAGCAAAGAUGAAGGAGCAUAUAAAAAAGCAAGACCAGAUUAUUAAAGAUAUGAAUAACAAAGAAGGCUAUGUCAAUAAUGGCAUAGAAGAGGAAAACCUCCAAUCAAAUGAUAAUGGUAUUUCUCGGUCACCAGUACUGCUUGGUAAAACAAAGAGAAUCCAGUGCAAUGGACUCGUUGAGGCACGCUCGUCUAUGCAACAUGACAUUCCUGAGGAUAAUAAUUUAUCAUGUUCGCAUGAAAAGGUUGGCGACCAUGAUGUCAACCAAUUACAAAUUCAACAAAAUUCAUCAUCACCACAAGACCUUGUUAUUGAUUCUGUGCUAGAGGUGAGGGAAACGAGGAAUAUUACGGGUGAAUCUGUUUCAAAACCGAACCAGCAAAGGACUAGAACUGAACACCCACACCACUCAAAAAGAAGGCGUUCUUCUUCCAUCAAGCAUGAGUUAGUGAGGUGA